UCUGUGGAGCUUAUAAAAAAUAGAGAGACAAUGGCUUUGAAAGAAUUAACUUGUCCCAGUUUUGAGCUAUGUCUGUUGUUGUUUUCUACGAUUAUUACUAUUAUUGUGUCUAAGCUAAGAACAAGUGUGAAAGUGGAAAGCAAAGGCAUUGUAAAUCUGCCUCCGUCACCAAGAAAGUUAGCGAUAAUUGGGAAUCUUCAUCAGAUAGGCGCAUUGCCAUAUCGGUCCUUCAAAGCCCUCUCAGAGAAGUAUGGUGACGUCAUGUUGUUACAGUUAGGCCACAUUCCAACUGUGGUGGUUUCAUCAGCACAAGUGGUGGACGAAAUCAUGAAAGCUCACGACUUAGCACUCUCGAACCGAGGCCAAAGCACAGCCACGAAUAUCUUGCUGUAUGGAUCCAAUGAUAUUGGUUUUGGAAACUAUGGAGAAAGGUGGAAGCAGAAAAGAAAAAUAUGCGUGCGUGAACUCUUGAGCCCUAAGAUGGUGCAGUCAGAGUCGAUUCGUUUGGUGAGAAAAGGGGCAGUUGCAGAAUUGGUUGACAAGGUACGCGAAGCUGCAGCAGCAUCAUGCUCAUCACUGAAUUUGAGUGAGUUGCUCGUUGAAGCAGCAAACAACAUCAUUUGUAACUCUGCUCUUGGACAAAAGAACGAUGCAAAAGGUGUUCGUCGCAGAGACAACGUGAAGGUGUUGGCGAAGAAGGUGAUGUUUGAGGUUGGAGUUGUCACCCUUGGGGAUCACUUUCCUUGGUUGCGUUGGGUGGAUGUUUUGACUGGCCAGGUUCGAGAAUUCAAAGCCACUUUUGCAGCCUUGGAUCCCUUGUUUGAUAAGGUCAUUGCUGAGCACAGGAGUUCCAUGUUCAACAAAGAAGCAGCUGAUGAUGAUGUCAGAGAUUUUGUUGACAUCCUCGUCCAACUUCAAGACCAACAGCAGGCUGCCAAUAACGCCAUCUCCAACGAUGACAUCAAAUCAAUUCUUCUGGACAUGUUUGCAGCGGGAAGUGAGACAACUUCAGUAACAGUAGAAUGGGCAAUGUCAGAACUAAUGAAAAAUCCAAUGGAACUGAAGAAAGUCCAAGAAGAGGUGAGAAAGGUUGUGGGGCACAAAUCAAUUGUGGAAGAGAGCAACGUGAACCAAAUGGAGUACCUAAAAUGUGUGGUGAAAGAGACUCUAAGGUUGCAUCCACCUGCACCGCUCUUGGUUCCGAGAGUGGCAACACGCCAUGUGAAACUCUCUGGAUACGACAUCCCAGCAAAGACAAGAUUGUACGUGAACGUCUGGGCUAUCCAGAGGGAUCCUCGAGUGUGGGACAGCCCGGAAGACUUCAUUCCAGAGAGGCAUCGCCAUAGCCACACUCCAGACUUCAAGUUUAUCCCAUUUGGUUUCGGCAGAAGAGGAUGCCCUGGAAUGAAUUUUGGCCUUGCUUCUGUUGAGUAUAUGCUCGCUAACCUUCUCUAUUACUUCAAUUGGGAAUCUCCACAAGCCAUAGAUAUGGCUGAGACAUUUGGCCUCGUUGCCUCCAAAAGAAUCCCACUUCAUCUUAAGCCUAUUCCAUUCUCAUUCGGAUAACAACGUAAUCAUUUACUUUCCAAGUGAUGUUAGUGAGAUGAGUGUGAAUAAAGUCUUGGAGACUAUAUAUUUACGUACUACUUUGGUAUGUCUCAUCAGUGGCAACUCUUAUGUUUCUUCAGUACUAUUUUCUGUACCAUCAUUUAGAACUCUAAGCAAGCUGAUGUAGCUUCAAGUUUAAUUUACUGAGAUUUUUAUGUGAAUGAGCAACAUAUUCCCCCAAUGAAGUAAAUUAAACAAG